AUGUCCCAGUAUGGAACACGACACUGCAAACCUUUGUCUCGUGAAAUCCGGGAAUUUCCAUUCUUUUACAGAGAGACAAAGGGCACUGCUUGUGCUAAACCUGAGUAAAUCCAUUGCCCAAAAUCUCACACAAGUGACUCAUAGAUAGCAGCUUUAUUAGCAUACUGUGCUGUAUAAAAGGAGAAGGAGAAGGAGAGGAGAGUAAAGGAAGCUCAAUACACCUAAAGGAAAUACAAUCAGAUCAAAAGACUCCUGAAGAAAGGAAAAAUGAAAGCUGUAUGUUUUUCUCUGCUCCUCCUGCUGCUGGCAUGUAGCUUUGGAGAGGGUCUGAAAUGCAACCGUUGUGUUGGCAAAGGCUGCAGAAACACAGUGGAGACCUGCCGUGUUGACCAUGACACCUGCGGCACGGUCUUAUUCAAGCCCCCACUCCCUAUCUCAUACUUCAAGAGAUGCAUGAAGAUGUCAGAAUGCAUGCUGCUGGGAAGCAACAAGGACAUUGAUGCCUAUUGCUGCACCACCAACCAAUGCAACUGAGAGACACAUCCUCUGUCUACCAUACUGUAUACUAUACAGUCCAUUAAUUGUACUAAUCAAUGCACAUGAUUGAAACUGCCAAGAAGUAACAGAAAUAAAGUUGUACUUUUUUCCCAAA